GAUCCGAAGAUGGACAUGACGGAUUACUACCCUUCCGUUAACGCCACUGACGGCUCCGGUUUGAACGACACAGAAGACUAUAACCAGUUCGUGCAGCCGGUGUGGCAGAUCGCUCUUUGGGCAGUCGCCUACUGCAGCAUGGUGUGCGUCUCCAUGAUCGGUAACCUGGUGGUCAUCUGGAUCAUCCUCGCGCACAAACGCAUGAGGACCGUGACCAACUACUUCCUGGUGAACCUAGCCUUUGCAGAGGCGUCCAUGUCUGCCUUCAACACAGUGAUAAACUUUGCCUAUAGUGUCCAUAACGAGUGGUACUUUGGUCUGGGCUACUGUCGAUUCCAUAACUUCUUCCCCAUCGCAGCUGUCUUCGCCAGCAUAUACUCCAUGACCGCCAUAGCACUGGACAGAUACAUGGCUAUCAUCCACCCCUUGAGGCAGAGGUUGUCUUCGACAGAGACCCGUGUAGUGAUCGGAGUGAUCUGGGUGUUAGCUCUACUGUUGGCCUUCCCCCAGUACUUCUACUCAGCUACAGAACAGCUGCCUGGUAGGACUGUCUGCUACAUCCAAUGGCCCGACUACACCAACAACACAACCAUGGACUUCAAGAAGAUGUACUAUUUGUCUGUGGUGUUGCUUUACUAUUUCCUGCCGCUGUGCAUUAUGGGAUGUGCCUACCUGGUGGUGGGCUUGUCCCUGUGGGCGGGGACAAUCCCUGGAGACUCCACCCACCGCUACCGAGAACAGCUCAUCGCCAAACGCAAGGUAGUGAAGAUGAUGAUCGUGGUGGUGUGUACGUUUGCGGUGUGCUGGCUGCCGUACCACAUCUACUUCCUGCUCCAGCAGUUCCACCCUGACCCCAUGCAGCUGUUUGAGUGGCGCUACAUCCAGCAGGUCUACCUGGCUGUCAUGUGGUUGGCCAUGAGCUCCACCAUGUACAACCCUAUUAUCUACUGCUGUCUCAAUGACAGGUUCAGAGCAGGCUUUCAGCAGGUGUUCUGUUGGUGUCCGUGUGUUCCUGCAGGCUCCUACGAGGGACUGGAACUCAAGUCCACCAGCUACCUACAAACCCAGGUGAGUGUGUACCGAGCCAGCCGGACAGAGACCAGUGUGUCGACGGUUCUGCAGCCCACUGAGGAGGAGUGCCGUGGGGCCGAGCUGCCAGCUAGCGCCCCUAUCAGCCAGACAACUCUGGAGCUCACCUCCAUGGACUCACAAUCAGCCCCAAACACCCCCGACAGCCCUGUUUUUUUGCGGCCGACGCAACAUGGAUUAGUAGCUCAAUAAACGCCUAACUGGACUGGUGUCUGAAACCUUUCUGCAGGUAUAUGUGCAUUAGUACGGUACCAACUAGUUCACCAAGAAGUAUUAAACAAGACUAGCGUUGAGAGUGCUUCUGUAGGCAGACGUGGUUGUGGUGGACUACGUCCUGCAGUUCUAUUAUCCUUGUCUAGUAUACCUGACCAGGCCAAGUGGGGAACACAUUAAGGAUUCUUUCCAUCAUUCACCACACCGUCCCUGUGUACCCCCUGCCUCACCCUCCCUGCAUUCCAGAACCAUAGGGCUGUGUUUGGAACACUCAGACCGCCACGUCCCUCAGCAACAACAGCAGCCACGGGUCUCUCGCUAAGAAAACUCUGAUGAUUGUGUGUGCGCGUGCAUGUGUGUGUGUGUGUGUGUGUGUGAACAGUGUCAGGCAGGGUGUGUGCCUGCCUGCAUUUGUUUCUUCGUGCAAGCGCAUGUUGUGUGUGUGUGUGUGUGCGUGGGUUCGUUUCUGCAAGCGUGCGUGUGUGGAUUUCUGCGAGGUGAUGUGUGCUGGCCCAGCACUUGUUGUCAGGGAUUGCUGCUCAAAGCCGACAAUGUGCGGAGCAGGGCAGAUACACUACAUGACCGAACAUCUCAUUCCAAUAUCAUGGGCAUUAAUAUGGAGUUGUUCCCCCCUUUGCUGCUAUAACAGCCUCCACUCUUCUGGGAAGGCUUUCCACUAGAUGUUGGAACAUUGCUGUGGGGACUUGCUUCCAUUCAGCCACAAGAGCAUUAGUGAGGUCGGGCACUGAUGUUUGGAAAUUAGGCCUGGCUCGCAGUCGGAGCUCCGAUUCAUCCCAAAGGUGUUCGAUGGGGUUGAGGUCAGGGCUCUGUGCAUGCCAGUCAAGUUCUUUUCACACCGAUCUCGAUCACCAUUUCUGUAUGGACCUCGCUUUGUGCACGGGGGCAUUGUCAUGCUAAAACAGGAAUGGGCCUUCCCCAAACUGUUGCCACAAAGUUGGAAGCACAGAAUCAUCUAGAAUGUCAUUGUAUGCUGUAGCGUUAAGAUUUCACAUCACGGGAACUAAGGGGCCUAGUCCUAACCACGAAUAAAAAAGCCCUGGACCAUAAUUCCACUGUGGAUUUGUCCGUCAGACUGCCCAGAUGCAAGACUCCUAGUCCAGGACCAUUUAAGAAUGAUCUUUGAACGCGUAGGUCAACGAUGUUGAAUGCCUUGGAAAGGUCUACAAAUAGGGGAGCACAAUGUUUUUUAUGAUCUAGGCAAUUUAACACAUAAUCUAAAACAAGCAUUAAUUGAGUGUCAGGUGAACUACUGCUCGGUGGUCUGGGGAAAUGCAACAGCAAGUGAAAUUAGGAGGCUGCAGAUUGCACAGAACAAAGCAGCAAGGAUUGUUUUAAGAUGGAGAUAUGGUUCUUCUGUUGCAGUCAUGCGCAAUGCUCUUGGUUGGUCAUCAAUCAACAAGAUAAUUGAAAGAAACAUGCUUAUUUUAUUUCAUAAUAUACACCAUUUAAAACGGCCGAACUCUAUUCACAACAGUAUUCAGUUGGUAAGAGACAGUCAUUCAGUAAAUACUAGGAAUAGAUUGUCCAGACAGAAAAGAGAAAUGGGCAAAAUAACAUUUCGAUUUAGAGCAGUAAAGAAAUUGAAUAAUUUAUCGGAGCAAACCAGAAACCUUUCAAUAAAUAGAUUCCAACAAUACUUGAAAACCAUUUAAAUAUAACACAGAGGAAAGUUGUGCUGGACUAUGGUCGAUGAAGAAUCAAUCUAUCUUUUUAGACUGUUAGAGUAUUUAUCUGGUCAUGAUGUUAGUAUAUUAUGUAUGUUUGUAAUAGUGUGUUACAUGUGAAAAUGUGAUCGUAUUAUAAAUUGUAUUUGAAUGUUUAAGGACUCUUGGAAGAUUAGUCCAACUGAGGACUAAAAGAGAUCCUAAUAAAAUCCUAAUAAAAUCUAAAUCUAAAACAAGCAUAGUGGCUGAAACAGUGCUGUGUUCCACAUCUAAAACCAGACCGGUGCAUAUUUAGAAUAGAAUUAGAAGUUAAAAAUUAAAAAUUAAAAAAAGUUCUUAGCUGGAAGUUGUUAAGAGAUUCUAGUACCUUGGUGAGGAAGAAAACUUGGAGAUUUGGAUGGUAAUUAUCUAAGUCAGAAGGAUCUCCCCCUUUAUGUAGGGGGAGGACAUGCCACUUUCCAAAUUUUUGGGAGAACAUCAGUAGCAAAUGCCAAGUUAAAAAUACAGGUUAAAGGUUCAACAACGAGUGGGGCAGAGAGCUGUAGUAAAAAGGGGUCAAGUGCCCCUGUGGAUAAAAAAAAAUACAUCGUAGACAUCAAAUGGUUGAAAUUAAAAUAAAGUAUGAGAGUGUUAGAGCAUCGUUCUCUACAAUCUGUUCUGAGGUGACUAAAGGACUCCUUUUAGUGGGAGGAGAGUCAUUUUCAGAGACUAUCCUUUAAAACAAGUGGGCAGCUGAAUCAAAAACGGUUAUUAAAAGUACUACACAUUUCCAUUUUGUCUAGUAUGGGACCAGAGGCUGUCAAAACCUGUUGAGGCAACGAGGAGAUGGAGUUUUGUUUCAAAGAUUUGACCACUUUCCAGAAAUGUUGCUGGAUUACUACCAGUUUCCGACACACAAUUCAAGAAGUACGUCUAUUUAGCUUUUCUAACCAGAGAUAGACAUCUAUUUCUCAACUGUCUGAAACUCUGCCAAUCAGACUUAGAAUCAGUCAGUCUAGCCUUAGCCCAAAGCUACAUUUCUUUCCUGUCAUUUCUCAAGGAUUAGAUUUAAACAGGGAAAUAAAACAAUUAAGGGCCUGAUCCGAGUCAGUGAUAGUCGACAGCAAUUAAACAGAUGUGUGAGUAUAUGUCUAUGUUGUAAAAAACAUAUUAUUAACUCCCACACACAUGAUUUUACCUAUGCACAUUUCGUUUUUCGAUAGUUCACUGAAAAAUGUGGGUAAGUGUACUUAUUAAACCCACCAAAAUCUAAGUUUAGACAUUUCUAACAUAUACUGCCCUCAUUUUUGUAAGAAAAGUGGAGAUAAAAUGAAAGGUGAAUCUCUUAUGUGAGGUUUUAUGAAUUUAAUAAGGCAUACAAAUAUUUGAUCAAAUAUGUGAAAAGUCUGGACUGGGCUUAAUGGGUAUCGAGUGUACAGGGGGUUCCAAAUAAGCCCACCUCUAAAAUAUUAAUAUAUUUUUUUAAUUAACAAAUGUUCAAAACUUAGAAACUGGCAUUUCAUGUGUAAAAUUUGAAUAUAUUUAACUCCCCUGAAGUUAUUAAAAUAAAUUAAUCAUUGCUAUUCAUCGUGAAAGUAGCAUUUAUAACAGGGGGGGGUCCAAUCUUAUCCACAGAGAUCAAUGUGGACUUAUGCUUUUGUUCUUUGCAACCAGUACACACCUGAUUCAACUAAUCAACUAACCACAGACUUCAAUCAAGACACGAUUAGUUGAAUCAGGUGUGUUACUGCUUGGUUGGAUCACAAACCUGCACCCACACCGGCCCCUCUGUGUAUAAGAAGCAACGCUCAAAGACCAUAAAACUCACAAUUGUCAACAGGUUAUCUGAAAGCUGAAUAACAUUUAAUGUACUGCUAAACUUGUUUAUUAGUUCAACUUGUCUUCCUUAAGCCUGUCUGAAGACAGUUUCAAAUCUCCCUCUGAAGACAGUUUCAAAUCUCCCUCUGAAGACAGUUUCAAAUCUCCCUCUGCUGUGUAUAAAAAAAUGUACAGGUGGUGGACCCAAAAACAGAAUCACCUGGAUGAAUGAAGGACAACAAUAUGACAAUGCCCCCACCCAAACGUGACUGAGUAGUCACCCAAUAGUCAUCUUAUUGUCCCUCGUUUGUUUGCAUUUUUGUCCACCACUUGUAGUCGAUUUAUGUAUUAUCAUUUACAUUCUGAAUAGAGGGAGUGAUCUCUGUGCUACCUAAUAUUUUAAACCCACCUCAGAUAAAUGUCAUAUUUGUUUUUAAAUGGCGUCUAUGCAUAACAAUGCAAGGUUCAUUUAACAGUAAAAUAUGAGAAAAUGUAUUUAAAAAUGUAAGCUGUGAAUGCUUGAAAUGUAACAUCUUGUGGUACACUAAGUUAUGUCGGACCAUUAAAUAGGAGAAAAUCUUAGUUUUGAGUGGGCUUAAUAGGUAUGUGGGCUUAAUAGGUACGCUUACCCUAAAUGUGCAGAGGUAAAAUGGAGAAACACAUGGUAGUAUGUGACUUAGUAUGUGUCUGUGGUUUCAUGUGUGUAUGUGUCAUGUACAGUAUGUAUGUGCUGUAUAUACAUGUUCGGUUGACACAAACAGUGGCACUGGAAGUCUCUGCCACAGCUGUGAGGGUAGGGACUGUUAUCCCCUCUGUGUGUUGGUGGAAGACAUCUUUCACAGCCAGGUAUGACAUGCCAAGUGUCACCCAAUGCCCAGGUGUGUGUGUGUGUGUGUGUGUGUGUGUGUGUGUGUGUGUGUGUGUGUGUGUGUGUGUGUGUGUGUGUGUGUGUGUGUGUGUGUGUGUGUGUGUGUGUGUGUGUGUGUGUGUGUGUGUGUGUGUGUGUGUGUGUGUGUGUGUGUGAGUGAUUUGCUUUGAACACCUGACUGAGCAUCCAGUAGCUGCUCCUUCCCUACACCGUGCGUGUGUCUGGCAGAACACACACACACACUGACCACAUUAUUAUGCCUACUGGUUCAGCUGUCUGUGUGUGUUGAGUUCAUGACGAUAAGUAGCAUAGUGUGAUUGAUGCAUGAUUGUCACUCUUUCAUUUAGAAGGUAAUCAAACCAUUUAAAUACCUGACGAACUGAGAACAUUAUGUCCUCCGUGAUUUGCCAGUUCACACAAUGUUUUAUGAAUAGUCAUUAUUCUUAUUGAGUGUGUUUACAUAAAUGAACGUGAAAAGUUGAACUGUUUUAUGAGUCAUGUCAUGUUAUGUUAUCAUGACUCUGUACUGAAUAUACAGCUGUGUCCAUGUUUGGUUGUGUCGUGCAUCAGAAGAUGUUGCCUAGAGCUUUACGGUGUACAUAUUUGUGGUGUAUUGAAUUAAAUUGUGACCUCA